GAUCUGUUUUGUUUCUUUUAUUUUCUCAGCCACAAUAUGGCCCAGUCAACAGACAGAAUGUCCCUGCAGAUGGUAUCCACCGUCAGUAACUCAUCCUUGGUUCAGCCGGGCUUCUCUCUCCUGAAUUUUGAGGGGCAUGUUUUCUUUUUUGGUCAGAAAGGAUGGCCAAAGAGAUCCUGCCCCACUGGUGUUUUCCUUCUCGAUAUAAAGCAGAAUGAGCUCAAAAUGAAACCUGUCUUCUUCUCCAAAGACUCAUGUUACCUUCCCCCUCUCCGCUACCCUGCUCUUUGCUCGCUCAGAAGCGAUGCAAGGGCUGAUGAGUACCAGUACAUCAUCCAUGGUGGUAAAACACCUAACAAUGACCUUUCUGAUAAGAUUUACUUUAUAAGUUUGGUUAGCAAAACUAGCAAGAAAAUGACAUUCCAAUGCAUUGAGAAGGACCUGGGUGGAGAUGUGCCUGAAGCUAGAUAUGGGCAUACAAUUAACGUAGUUCACAGCCGGGGGAAAAGCAUAAGUGUUCUCUUUGGAGGGAGGUCAUAUACUCCUCUUGCACAGAGAACCACUGAAACAUGGAACAGUGUAGUCGACUGUUUGCCAUCUGUGUUUCUCAUUGAUUUUGAGUUUGGAUGCUGUACAUCAUACAUGCUUCCAGAGCUUCAAGAUGGACUUUCUUUCCACGUUUCAAUUGCCAAAGAUGAUACAAUCUACAUCUUGGGAGGCCACUCACUUCAAAAUAACACCAGGCCCACCAACUUGUACAAGCUAAAAAUUGAUCUGCCCCUGGGCAGCCCGGCUGUGACCUGCACCGUCCUGUCAGGGGGGAUAUCAGUGUCAAGUGCUAUAGUGACCCAGAUCAGUGACACUGAAUUUGUCCUUGUUGGUGGCUACCUCUCAGACAACCAGAAACGACUGGCAUGUAACACCAUAGUUCUGGAGGAUAAUAAGAUAGAGAUUGUUGAAAAUGUGGGCCCAGAGUGGACACCAGAUAUUAAACACUGCAGAAUGUGGUUUGGCUGUGAUAUGGGUGAAGGGUCUGUUUUGCUGGGCAUUCCAGGGGCCAACAAACAAAUAAUCCCAGAUGCAAACUACUUCUACAUUUUGAGAUGCAAAGGAGCAGAAGAGGACAAGGAAGAAGAAGUGAUGACACAAACUUGCAGUCAGACAUCAAGUGAAGACCCUGGAGACUCCACUCCAUUUGAAGAUUCGGAGGAGUUUUGUUUUAGUGCUGAAGCCAAUAGCUUUGAUGCUGACGAUGCUGAUACUUACAAUGAAGAUGACGAAGAAGAUGAGUCAGAAACAGGCUACUGGAUCACCUGUUGUGCCAGUUGCAAUAUUGACAUCAACACCUGGGUCCCUUUCUAUUCAACAGAGCUCAACAAGCCUGCAAUGAUCCUGUGCUCCAGUGGGGCUGGCCACUGGGUCCACGCACAGUGUAUGGAUCUCUCAGAGACCAUGCUUCUACGUCUCUCAGAAGCAAAUGUCAAGUAUUUCUGCAACAAGCACAUUGACCUUAAUAAAGGGCUACAAACUCCCCAAAAGGUGGCGUGCCUGAAAAAGCCACCCAUGAAACCAUUGCGCAAAAAGAAACCCGUGAAGUUAUCAACAUCAGCGAAAAAGUCCUUCCUUCGGAGACUCUUUGAAUAGAUUUACACUGCUGAUUUGUAUUCACCUGGGAGGAAAUGAAAUCACAGGCAAAGGCAACAAUGGUUGAAGCAAUGUGGG